AUGAGCGAAAUCGAAGCCGGUAUCAACAUGAACGUAAUCCUUGCAUUAGUGUCGACGGUUCUAUCAUGCAUUAUCAUACAUUACGUCUACAACAUAUUCGGCAACAAGAAAACCGAUGUUCAGGAGCGUGAAACUGAAGGGGAUGUUGUGGAACCAGCCCCAGCAGCGUCUGAGAACGCCGUAACGGACAACCGUCCCAGCAAAACGAAGAAGCGAGCUACGCGAAAACAGAAGACCGAGUUUUCUCACCCCUGGCUCCUCAAGAACCUCAAAGGUCAUCCCGGGAAUAUACUCAUGGUGGACUUCUCUGCGAACGGCAAGUUCAUGGCUGCAACAUGUGAUGGUGAGUCAAGACUUCAUCCUGGACAGUGUGAUGUGACUAAUCGUUGA